GACGCGUCAUUUCCGCUUGCGACGGAACAGCCGCCGUGAUAGGUCUAGCGCAGGGUAGCACCACCCCGGUAGUUCCAAGCUCCGAGCAUUUCCGUUUCCGCCUGGCUUGUUGCCGUGGCAGCGAGGGUGGGGGAGGAGACGCUGUCUGGCCGGCAGUGGCAGGUACUUCCGUUUCCGGCGGGGCGGUUGCCUUGGUAGCGGUGGCAGAGCGAGGCGCUGGGCCUGGUAGCCGCGGGCAUGGCCGGGACAGCUCCGAUCCCGGACGGGGAAUUCACGGCGGCCAUUUACGGGCUGAUCCGGGCCGGACGGUUCGCGGAGGCGGUGGGGAUCCUGGGCAGCGAGCUGCAGAAUAGUUGCCGCUCCCGGGCCGGCCUCUCGCUGCUCGGCUACUGCUACUACCAGCUGCAGGACUUCGCGGCGGCGGCCGAGUGCUACGAGCAGAUGGGGGCGCUGCACCCCGAGCUCGACGAGUACCGGCUCUACCAGGCCCAGUCCCUCUACAAGGCCGGGCUCUACGCCGAGGCCCUGCGGGUCGCCAGCCCCCUGCUCGAUGUGCCCGCUUACCAGGGACGCGCCCUUCGCCUGCAGGCUGCUGCCCACUAUGCACAGGGUGACCUCUCCGCAGCCAAGAGCUUGGUGGAGCAGGUGCUGGCCUCUGCUGCAGAGAGCAGCCCUGGAGCUGCUGAAGACCCUUCAGAGCUACCAGAUGCUGAGGUCAACCUAGGCUGCCUGUUGUUCCGGGAAGGGCGGCAUGAGGAGGCCUGCGGCAAAUUUGCGGGUGCCAUGCAAGUGCUGGGCUACUGCCCCGAGCUGUCAUACAACAUGGCGCUAUGCUGCUACGCGGCCAAGCAAUACGCACCUGCCCUCAAACACAUCUCUGACAUCAUCGAGCGCGGAAUCCACCAGCACCCCGAGCUCAGUGUGGGCAUGACCACCGAGGGCAUCGACGUCCGCAGCGUGGGCAACACACUGCUCCUGCACCGCACUGCCCUGGUGGAGGCCUUCAAUCUCAAAGCUGCCAUCGAGUACCAGCUACGCAACUUGGAAGCAGCCCAGGAGGCACUCACAGACAUGCCACCAAGGGCCGAGGAAGAGCUGGACCCUGUCACCCUGCACAACCAAGCGUUGAUGAACAUGGACAGCCGGCCCACUGAAGGGUUUGAGAAACUGCAGUUCCUUCUGCAACAGAACCCCUGCCCACCAGAGACCUUUGGGAACUUGCUGCUGCUGUACUGUAAACAUCAAUACUAUGACCUUGCUGCGGAUGUGUUGGCAGAGAAUGCCCAUCUGACCUACAAGCUGCUCUCACCUUACCUUUACAACUUCCUGGAUGCCAUGAUUACAUGUCAAACUGCUCCUGAGGAGGCCUUCCACAAGUUAGAUGAGCUGGCAGGGACAAUGACUGAGCAGCUGAGAAAGCUCACUAAGCAGGUGCAGGAAGCAAGGCAAAACCGGGAUGAUGAGGCUGUCAAGAAGGCAGUUAAUGAAUAUGAUGAGACUCUGGAGAAAUAUGUGCCCGUCUUGAUGGCCCAGGCCAAGAUAUAUUGGGACAUGGAGAAUUACACUAUGGUGGAGAAGAUCUUUCGCAAGUCAGUGGAGUUCUGCAAUGAACACGAGGUGUGGAAGCUGAAUGUGGCUCAUGUGCUCUUCAUGCAGGAGAAUAAAUACAAAGAGGCCAUCGGCUUCUAUGAGCCCAUUGUCAAGAAGCACUAUGAUAACAUCCUUCAAGUCAGUGCCAUUGUGCUGGCCAACCUUUGUGUCUCCUACAUCAUGACCAGUCAGAAUGAAGAGGCAGAGGAGCUGAUGAGGAAGAUUGAGAAGGAAGAAGAGCAGCUCUCCUAUGAUGACCCUGAUAAAAAGAUCUACCACCUUUGCAUUGUUAACCUAGUGAUCGGCACACUGUAUUGUGCCAAAGGAAACUAUGACUUUGGCAUCUCGAGGGUAAUUAAAAGUUUGGAGCCUUAUAACAAAAAGUUAGGCACAGAUACUUGGUAUUAUGCUAAAAGGUGCUUCCUGUCCUUGCUGGAGAACAUGUCCAAGCACAUGAUCAUGCUGCGUGACAGUGUUAUUCAAGAGUGUGUGCAUUUUCUAGAGCAGUGUGAACUAUAUGGCAGAAACAUCCCCGCUGUUAUUGAGCAACCACUUGAAGAAGAGAGGAUGCACAGUGGGAAGAACACAGUUACAUAUGAAGCCAGACAGUUGAGGGCACUGAUAUAUGAGGUCAUUGGGUGGAAUAUGUAAAUGAUGUGGCAUUCCCAUACAAGAUGGAGAUGGACUAUAAUUCUUGUUUUAUUUUCACUUUUGUUGAUCCUGGCUAUCCAAAGUAGUGUAUUUUCUCUUUGAUGUAUUGUAUUUAAAUAUUUGUUCUACUGUUUUGGAGUAUUUAAUGGAAGAUGUUAUGCUAGCACAAAAUUAACAUGUUUAAUGACUAACAAUAUCCUCAUACAUCAGUGGUAUUUUAUGGUUUGUUUUUUUUAAGAUAUGACUACCACCAGAAACCUUAUUACAGAAAUGUUGUGGAGGUUCUUCUGUGUAUAUGGUUUUAUUAAUAUGAAGCUACAUUAACUAGCUUUUAUAAUCUGUAUAUUGACACUGAAAUAAUUUCUCUUCCGUCUCCUAUCAGUUUUGUGGCUAGACUUUAAUGGAAAUCUGGCAUAAAGCCAUUUCUUUAAUUUAUAGUCAUUUCCCUCUUUUGGGAAAUGCUUUCUUUGUUUGAUUUUUCUACUGCAUUUUCAUAUAUUUUAUAUUAUAGUGGUUGUAAUUUUUAUAAUAAAAAACAAGGCUACAAAAAUUUA